AUGACAACAGACAAUACAAGAGAACAUUCUAUUGUACUUGAACUUGGUCUUUUGGCUCUUCUACAAGCACAUGAUGUUGUCGCACAUGAAGUCUAUAGUGAUGAUGCUAUACGUAUUACACCAUCAUAUAUUGGAAAUAAUACAAUAGCACCAGAUUCUGGUCUUGAUAAUGAUUAUGGUGGUCACAAUGGUAGUGGAUUGAAUGAAUGUGCUGAUGAUAGAUUAAAUGAUUUACCAUGUGAUGUAACACGUGUACGACUUGUUCAAUUUCAACGUAAUACUGAUGAACCACUGGUAAUCUAUCAAGAUAAAAAAA